AUGGGCGGUGGGGGCAUGGGGUCGAGGGGCGGGCCGGCAGGGCCGCCGACGGACGAGACUGCAGAUCUGCUCGCGCUCCGGAAAAAACUCUUGGAGAAGAAGGCGAGGCUCGACCAGAUGUUGCGCCAGGCGGGGGGCGGCGCGCCCGUGGCGUCGACCAGGGGCAAGAACGGCGGCGGAAAGGGCAGUCAGAGGCAACAGGGCGGUCGCGGACGAUCCCCCGCGAUGCCCCGGAUGGAGUCCACCCCCAACUUCGUCCCGUCCGUCCCGGACAACGCGAUGAACGGCGCCAAGGCUGCGUGCGCGUGCUGCGUCGGCGCGGACGUGUGCUCGUUUCUCCCGCGGUUCUCGCACGGCUUACAGCGCUCGGCGUCGGCGCCCCCCACGCAACGUCCCGCGUUCUCGUUCGACCCCGAGCACGACCCGGUGGUGAGCGCCAUGGUCAACCGCGCGCAGGCCCAGGCGGCGGCGCGGUUGAAGCAGCAGCGCGUACGAGCCGAACAAGAGCGCGCCGCUAACGAGACUUUAAAGGAGCUCACCCCGGCGCAACUCGCCGCGAGGCGGCACCAGGAGCGCGAGCAGCGGCUCAGCGCCAAGCGCAAGUUCGCCGAGCUGUCCUGCGCCAUCGAGCGCGUCGCCGCGCAGGCGGUGCAGUCGGCCAGGCGCCGGGAUGACCUCGGUAACGACGCCGAGCUCGCCGAGGAAGAAGCCGCCGCCGCUGAGAUUCGCAGAAAGACGCAUCUCGCGGGUCGAAGCGUUCGCGAGAGCGCGCCGGGCCGCGUCGCCCGCAACGGCGGCGUCGCGCCGCUGUGGGACUCCGCGGCGUUCGCGGCCGUCGCCGCGAAGCGCAAGCUCGAGGUGGUGAACCGGCAGUGCCUCGCCGCGUUGAAGCAGCUCAUGGCGCACAAGUGGGCGCACCCGUUUAACAAACCCGUGGACCACGUCGCGCUGAACUUGCCCACGUACCCGGAAAUCGUCAAGCGACCGAUGGACCUGGGCACCGUGGAGGCCAACAUACGCAAGGGCGGGGUGUACGCGUGCGCGGAGGAGGUCCACGCGGACGUGUCCCUGGUCUUUUCCAACGCCAAGACGUUCACGCCCAAGCCCGAGAUGGACGUGCACGUCAUGGCCGUCGCGCUCGAGGAGUUUUGGGCGCAGCGCUGGGCAGCCGUCGCGGAUCGCGCCAAGGAGGUUGAGGAGGGCAUGACGGUCGAGAAGGAGUGCGCGGAGAAGAAGAGCGAGGAGAUGAACGCGCGCAAGAGGCUGGCGAGCGAGGAGAUGCGGUGCGCGGGUCUGAUGGCGGAGUUGGACAGGCUGCGGCGCCAGCUCGACGAUCUGAAGCGUCAGACGCGCAGCAUCUGCCGUCCGAUGACGACGGCGGAGAAGGACCAACUGAGGCGUAACCUGACGAACAUUCCCGACUGCUACAGGCAGGACAUCCGGGACAUCAUCGCGGAGACGGAGGGCGCGCACAAGGUUCCCGUCGACGGCGUCGAGAACUGGAACGAGAUCAUCGAGGAGUUUAACGAAUUCGGCCCCGUCGCGCUCCGAAGGCUGGCUCGGUUCGUCAAGGUGCGACGUCGAAACGCCAAUCUCAUCGCGGCGGGGAAGGCGCCCAGGCCCGCCGACGGCUUCGACGCGGACGAGUGGGACGAAUGGGACGUGCCCCCUCCCACCACCGAGGCGACACCCCAACAGAAGGAGGAGGAAGAGUUGAACGGUAAGAACGGGGACACAGCUGGCGCGCCGAACAGGGGCCCGGGCGUCGAGGCCACCAACGCGGAUGAGGCGAUGGCAGCCGCCGCCGCAGCCGCCGCAGCCGCCGCCGUCGGAACCUCCGUGGAACCGGUCGGUCCGGACCCGCUGAUGGCGAUGCUCGCCGGCGAUUUCCAGCCCGCGGCGGGGUUCAAGUCGAGCGACUCGGCGCCGGAGCUCGUCGAGGUUGUCAAGAUUCACUCCGCGCCGGUCAUCGCGACGGGGGAGAUCGGCGCUGCGAGCAUGAUGGAUGUCCUGACGGAGCCGGCUUGAUGAGGCGACGAAGGCGCGGGUGAGGUGGGGCGGCGCGGGAGGCGGCGUCCGGGGACGGGGGUGAAUUGUGGCCGCGCGACGCGUCGAUUAGCGACGGGCGCGCGGCGCGUAGCGAGACUGAGAGCGAGUCUCGAGCGACACGGCGUCGAAGUGAAACGACGAAACAACAAAACAGAGUUCACACAUC